CGCGGGCGACGGAAGGCGGAAGUGAUGGUGCCACAGCAGCCGUCGGGAGCUAGGGAGCUGUUGUCGUGGCUCCACCGGUAAUAAAGGACCGGGCGGAUACGGAUCCGGGACUCGACGAUGGCAGCACGCGCCGGGCUGUGCUCGCUGCUGGCGCUGGCGGUGCUCGCGGGGCUUGGGGCGGCCACGAAGGAUUCAGAGGAUGUCCGAUGUAAAUGCAUAUGUCCUCCUUACAAAGACAGUCGUGGCAAUAUUUACAACAGAAAUGUUACACAGAAAGACUGUGACUGUCUUCACGUGGUUGACCCUAUGCCAGUCCUAGGACCUGAUGUGGAAGCAUAUUGCCUACGUUGUGAAUGCAAAUAUGAAGAGAGAAGCACAUACACUAUUAAGGUUACAAUCAUACUCUAUUUAUCCAUCUUGGGGCUGCUUCUGCUAUAUAUGGUGUACCUUACCUUGGUAGAACCUAUCCUAAAGAGACGUCUCUUUGGACAUUCACAGCUUAUACAAAGUGAUGAAGACAUCGGGGAUCAUCAACCUUUUGCCAACGCUCAUGCUGUGCUGGCUCGUUCUCGGAGUCGUGCCAACGUGUUGAACAAAGUGGAGUAUGCUCAGCAGCGUUGGAAGUUGCAGGUCCAAGAGCAACGCAAAUCUGUCUUUGACCGCCAUGUUGUGUUGAGUUAACUGAUAUCAAGUUGAGUUAACUGAUGACUGGAAGAAAGCAAAAUGGACUAAUGGAACUAUCUGACUUAUGUCUUCCUGCUCCUACCACUUCUGAAAGGUUCUUUAACUGGUUUGUUAUUGUUGGCAAAAAAGCAUUUGAACCUUUUGCAAGAAUGUACCAGAGUGGAAGCUAUUAAAAAAUAAACAGUUGUAAUUAGCCCAAAGCUAAUAAUUCUUUGUUUUCAGAUGGCUUUUGCUAACAGAACUAAAAAAACAAAAUCAAAGGUAUCUUUGGAUGUAACUCUGAUACUUUAUUUAUCAUUAUGACUUUAAGAUGGUUUUUAAAUAUAUAUUUCUCACUUCUGCUUCUGUGAUUUAAGAAGUAACAGGGAAUAUACUUGGUCACAAGAGUUUGGUUACAACUCGCUAAUCACUUUACACAGACUUUUGUAAAUAUACUUGGGGUUUCUCCUGGUUACUUAGAGCUGUGUAUUAGGAACCUAAAUCUUGUGGUGUAGUUUUCAUUUUUAAGAUUAGUGGGUGGUAUUCAUCACUUGAUUUGUGCACUGAUUCUUUGAGGAAGCUUAAAUGGACAGUGACUGUUGAUGAGCUGCAGACUUAAAGUACUGUGAUGUAGAUAAAUUCUAAUGCAGUGCACAUUAAGCCAGUUUGGCAUUUUACUCGCUUGAUUUGAUCAUUUAAUGCGUUGUGUAUGGUAUCUUACCAAAAAUCUUUUCCCGUCUCUUCAUGAGUAAAGUCUCAGGAGUUAGUAUAUGAUAAAGUAUUUAUUUUACAACAACCACAAGGAAAAAAACCUUUUGCAUUUGUCUCCAGUGAUGGUCUAAUGCACAUACCUUUAACUAGCGCCUGUCAUCUUGGGACUAGCUGUACUUUUUUUUAACUGUGGUUCUGUACUCAUCCCUCUGAGAGGUGUAUACAGGUUAUUAACUUUCAUAUAUCCUCUUUGGAAUGUAACAAUUAAAAAUGAUUGUGCUGAUUUUGAAAAGCCUACUUGCUGUUGCUGUAUUUCAUAAUUUCUUGGAUGGCAAGAAGGGAGAAAUACUUUACAUUUUUUAAACCGUUUUGCUAGGUACAUCAGAUUAUAUGUAUUAAUGUUCAAUGUUUCAGUUGGGGAAAGCAUGACUCAGGACUGGCAAUUGAGUACAGAUUACUUCUAAUUGAAUUCAUAUCCAGUGUUGGUAGUAGUACCUGCAAGUUAUUCCCAUUUUGAUGGGAAGUCUUGUCACUGCUCUGUGUGCAAUAAAAGCUAAAAUAAGUUAGCUACAGUCCAACUUCCAGUAGGAAAAAUAGCAAAAUAUCCAUGCUUAGUUCUGCUGGGUGCUCUUGUUUGCGCUUACAGCAGCAGAACAGAGGAGAACAAACCCCUGCUGCUUCCCUGAAUCCAGGUGCAGAUGGAUAUUGCAGCUGAGCCACAACCAUCCUUGCACUGCCAUAUUUCUGUGCAGAUCAAGGACUUCACUCACUUCUCAGUACAGUCACUGCACCCAUUUCAUGAAAUCCAGAACUCUUUCAGUACCAGUAGGGUUAUCGUGUGCUUUUACCUGUAGUAAAAAAAAAAAAUCACUUGCUAGUAGAAGAUUGAGAGCCAGUGAGCCAGCAGAGUGAGAAACCAAGCUUUAGUUACUAUUGCUUUUCUCAGCACCCAAACUCAUGACUCCCAAAUCAACAGGGGCAACAAUGCCCUCAUCCUCCAUAGAGGAAAUAUAAUGUUGCAAUUCUUUGCUUCACCGUCAUUUGUUCUGUACCAUUUCAGACGGCUGCCCUACCAGCAGCCUUACUCCUUACAUGUCUUCUCCAAAGAAGCCUUGAAGGGAGGGAAAUGGUGGUCCUUACAACAAAGGUCUUGAAAUGUUUUGAAUUCCACAUAUACUAGCCUUCUUUCUGAUGUAAAGGUAGCAGCAAGCAAGUCUAUGUUCUAAAUCUUGGAUGGGUCUCCCCAGGAAGAGAAAGUGCAACUCUUUCAGCACUGCAGAUUCACAGUCAGUAAUUUUAGGUUGUGCUUGAAAAUUAUUAAGAAAAUGAGCUGAUCAAUAGGAAAUCCAGUUAGUCCUAAAUAAAAAUGCUCAUUUUAAUGCAGAUGAAAAUGGAGAUUUAUCAAAUGAGUUAACUUAAUAUACAUUGGAUUCAAGUUAGAAUGUGCUUUUAAUACUGGAUACAAACUUCACAAACUCAUUGGGCAGCUUUAAUAUGUAGCAGAGUCCCACUUUUAAAAGCUAUGGUUACUGAUAAGACGGCUGCAGAAUGUGUGUUGCUAUUGCCUUGUGCCCUGUCAAUGUCUUCCUUGGUCCAGCACACCCAGGCUCUGCAUCUCAUGGAAAUUCCCAUAGAGAAAACGUGGGCCUUUCUCACUCCUGAAGUGAUGCAAAUGGAGCAGAGAAGGUUUAGAGUCCGACCCAGUGCAGAGAUCCUGGAAAUAGCAAACCCAAGAGACCACUGAAGAUUGCUCAAAACAAAACUGAUCUUGUGACACUACCAUAAAAUCAAUUUAGUUGAAAAUACCAGUUUCAUGUACCCCUUAUUCAAAUAUAUUGAUUUGUGUAUUUAAUGAAAACAUGAAGGUCUAGAUAUUUUUUUAUGCUGAUUAUGUAGUGAGAGGUAAAAUUUAAUUAAAUGAAAAGACGUUCAUUACAGCAAAUUGCUGCAGCAUAUGGAUGAGAGAUAUAAAUAAAACAUCUUCCUGAUU